AUGAUUGCUCACUUAGUACAGAAUCACGAAGAUUCAGGCGAUAAUAGAUCAACCAGUAAUAGGAAAUUCGCCUGCAUUAUUUGUGGUCUUAUCUGUUCUCGAAAGGAAACUUUGAGAUCUCACUUUGUACGAAAACACACACAGCUUUAUGAGUUCUCCUGUGAGCAAUGCGGCAAGGAAUUCAAGAUCAAAGGUGAUUUAACGACACACAUGAGACUGAAUCACAAAGAACCUCCUGUGAUAUGCGACGUUUGUGGCAAAACUUGUAAAAACAGUCACAGUCUGUAUACUCAUCAGAAACACGCUCACUAUAAAGCGAAAUACGAGUGCCCGGUGUGUCACAAGAGAUUGGUGACCAAAGAGAACUUAGAUCAGCACGUGUUGACUCAGCACGAAAAGAAAGAGAAGUCUGUCUGCGAAGAAUGUGGGAAAACAUUCUUUGAAAAUCACGAUUUCAGGAAACACAUGAGGAUACACACUGGGGAUAAACCGUAUAGCUGUUCUGUUUGUGCCAGAGCGUUUACUACUCAUAGCAGUUUGAGUCAGCAUUUACUGUUGCACACAGGAGAAAGGAUUUAUGUCUGCGACGUGUGUGGAAAAUCGUUUGCUCAGAAGGCUGGUCUUAUAUGUCAUAGGAAGAUCCAUUCUGGAUCAUUGCCUCCUCUUCCUGUCAUGCAUAUCGAUCACAUCCUAAAAGACUUCAUGAAGAAAUGA